CAGCGCAGGCGCACUUCCGCUCAGCUCGCGGAGGCUUCUGCCGCGGUGGCGACUAGCUCGCGGGGCAUGGUCCCCGGGUCCGAGGGCCCGGCUCGCGCCGGGGGCCUGGUAGCUGACGUGGUGUUUGUGAUUGAGGGCACCGCCAACCUGGGGCCCUACUUCGAGGUCCGCAAGCACUACCUGCUCCCGGCCAUCGAGUAUUUUAAUGGUGGUCCUCCCGCCGAGACGGACUUCGGGGGAGACUAUGGGGGGACCCAGUACAGCCUCGUGGUGUUCAACACGGUGGACUGCGCUCCCGAGUCCUACGUACAGUGUCACGCUCCCACCAGCAGCGCCUAUGAGUUCGUCACCUGGCUCGAUGGCAUUAAGUUCAUGGGCGGGGGUGGCGAGAGCUGCAGCCUCAUCGCGGAAGGCCUCAGCACGGCCCUGCAGCUGUUCGAUGACUUCAAGAAGAUGCGAGAGCAGAUUGGCCAGACUCACCGCGUCUGCCUCCUCAUCUGUAAUUCGCCCCCGUACCUGCUGCCCGCUGUUGAGAGCACCACAUACUCCGGGUGCACAACGGAAAGUCUCGUGCAGAAGAUUGGGGAGCGAGGGAUCCACUUCUCCAUCGUGUCCCCUCGGAAGCUGCCGGCCCUGCGGCUUCUGUUCGAAAAGGCAGCCCCCCCGGCCAUGCUGGAGCCACUGCAGCCGCCAGCAGACGUGAGCCAGGACCCACGGCACAUGGUGCUGGUGCGGGGACUCGUGCUGCCCGUCGGGGGUGGCUCGGCCCCAGGCCCCCUCCAGCCAAAGCAGCCUGUCUCCCUGCCUCCAGCUCCAUCCUCGAGUGCCGCGCUCUCGGCAGCCCCCCAGCAGUCUCUGCCCUCCGUCCCCCAGCAGUACCAGGUUCCCGGGAACCUGAGCGCAGCUCAGGUGGCUGCUCAGAAUGCAGUGGAGGCUGCCAAGAACCAGAAGGCUGGGCUGGGCCCGCGCUUCUCGCCCAUCAAACCCUCUGCAGCAGGCGCUCCAGGUGGUCCCCCCUUCAGCCAAGCCCAGGCCCCUGCGCUGCCACAGGGCCCCCCUGGCGCCCCCAAGCCCGUCUCCCCACUUCCCAGCCCAACCUGGUCUCCACGGUGGCUCCCUGUUCAGGGCCUGGCCCCCACUGCGCAGCCCGGGGCCCCCCAGGCGGGCACGGUUGCCCCAGGUGGGGUGAAUGGCCCUUCCCCAGCUCAGCUCGGGGCCUCGGCCCUUGGGGGGCAGCAGUCCGUCUCCAACAAGCUCCUGGCCUGGAGCGGGGUCCUGGAGUGGCAGGAGAAACCCAAACCUGCCUCCGUGGACGCCAACACCAAGCUGACGCGGUCACUGCCUUGCCAGGUCUACGUCAAUCAAGGAGAGAACCUGAAAACGGAGCAGUGGCCCCAGAAACUGAUCAUGCAGCUCAUCCCCCAGCAACUGCUGACCACACUGGGCCCUUUGUUCCGGAACUCAAGGAUGGUCCAGUUCCAUUUCACCAACAAGGACCUGGAGUCGCUCAAAGGCCUCUACCGCAUCAUGGGCAACGGCUUUGCCGGCUGCGUGCACUUCCCCCACACGGCCCCCUGUGAGGUGCGCGUGCUCAUGCUCCUGUACUCGUCCAAGAAGAAGAUUUUCAUGGGCCUCAUCCCCUACGACCAGAGCGGCUUCGUCAACGGCAUCCGCCAGGUCAUCACCAACCACAAGCAGGUGCAGCAGCAGAAGCUGGAGCAGCAGCGCGGGAUGGGGGCGCAGCAGGCACCGCCCGGGCUGGGCCCCAUUCUGGAGGACCAGACCAGGCCCUCACCGAAUCUGCUCCAGCUCCGCCCACCGCAGCCCCAGCCUCAGGGCACUGUGGGGGCCUCUGCAGCCGUAGGGCAGCCCCAGCCCCAGAGUGCUGCCCAGGCCCCCCCAGGCGCUGCCCAAGGCCCUCCCGGAGCAGCUCCUGGCCCGCUCCCUCCUGGACCUAUCCUUCGGCCCCAGAACCCUGGGGCCAAUCCCCAACUGCGGAGCCUCCUCCUUAACCCACCGCCGCCCCAGACGGGGGUGCCCCCACAGCAGGCUUCCCUUCACCACCUCCAGCCACCAGGGGCCCCUGCGCUGCUGCCCCCACCGCACCAGGGCCUGGGGCAGCCCCAGCUGGGACCCCCCCUCCUGCACCCGCCACCUGCCCAGUCCUGGCCUGCACAGCUUCCCCCGCGGGCUCCACUGCCAGGUCAGAUGCUGCUGAGCGGGGGUCCCCGGGGCCCGGUCCCCCAGCCGGGCCUGCAGCCCAGCGUCAUGGAGGACGACAUCCUCAUGGAUCUCAUCUGAACCCCCAACACCCAAUAAAGUUCCUUUUAACACAU